CCUUGUUCUUCCCAACGUCAUCCAGAAACAGCCUCCCUUAAGCCGCGGGCAGCCAGCGGCGCCGCGCACCGCCGCCCAUUCCCAUGCCAGAGGACCAGGGAAGAUGAUCUUUCAACUCGAGUCACUUCUUAGGAAUCAGGUCACCUGAGCUUGGCGAUGUGAAUUUGCUGGAGUCCUGGAGUCGGCCAUUGAUUCUUUCUACCACAAAGUCUAGUUGUUUAUAUACUGCAGCAUGUUUUGGCACCAGAGUGCGCGCGCGGUGCGCCAUCAGCAUCAGCAAUGGCACCUCCACGGCGCUGUCCUGGCCCGGCGACUCGUUGCACCAACAACAACACGCCGCCCGUCCCCGGCCGCCAGGGCAUUCCAUGCGGCGAGAAUCCUUAUGGCUGUGAAACCAGUCCUGCUUGCCGACAUUGGAGAAGGAAUCGUCGAGUGCGAGAUUAUACAAUGGUUCGUCGAGCCUGGGGCCCGCGUCGACGAAUUUUCUCCGCUCUGCGAAGUGCAGAGCGACAAAGCCUCGGUCGAGAUCACUAGUCGCUUCGCCGGCAUCGUGAAGAAGCUGCACUACGACGCUGGCGAGAUGGCCAAGGUCGGCAAGCCGUUCGUCGAUAUAGACAUCGAGGGCGGUGAUGCGGAAAAGGACGCCCUGGAAGCCCUAACGCCGCCCGAACCUGGUCCGCCGACUAAGUCGUCCAGCCCCGGUGCCACUUCCGUACCGGCGCCGACGACAUCUGCCCCUGAAUUCAGGCCGGCAGCCCAAGGGAGUGCGCACCCAGGCGGCGCAUCACAGGCCCUGGCUAGGCAAAGAGGAAAGCACGCCACGCUCGCAACCCCGGCGGUCAGGCACCUCACGCAGGAGCUGGGAGUGGAACUAGCGCAGAUAGACGGGACGGGCAGGGACGGGAGGGUGUUGAAAGAGGACAUCUACAAGUUUGUAGAGCAGAGAGGCUCGGUAGCCACACCGGCGGCGCCGCUAGAGGCGACUCCUAGAACAGCCAGCCCCGCGAGCCCGUUCUUGUCACCCGACGUAUCGGCCGUGGGACCACAGAAAGAGACGCCUCUCGUCAUGACGAGGACGCGGGAGAUGAUGUUCAAGACCAUGACGCGCUCUCUUAGUAUACCGCACUUCCUCUACGCUGACGAAGUCGAUUUCACCUCGCUCGUCGAACUACGGCAGCGCCUCAACCGGGUCCUUGCCAAGUCCGGCGUGGACGACAGCCACGUUAGCAAGCUUUCUUACCUCCCUUUCAUCGUCAAAGCCGUCUCGAUGGCGCUAUACAAAUACCCCAUCCUCAACGCGCGGGUCGAUGUCGACGGGCCGAACGCGAAUGGAAGUGGGAAGCCGAUGCUCGUUCUGCGCAGCCAGCACAACAUCGGAGUAGCAAUGGACACGCCGUCGGGGCUGCUGGUCCCCGUCAUCAAGAACGUCGGGAGUCUGAACGUCCUGGGAAUAGCAGCGGAGCUCGGCCGGCUCCAGUCGCUCGCGGCGGCCGGGAAGCUCUCGCCGCAGGACAUGGCGGGCGGCACCAUAACCGUCAGCAACAUCGGCAGCAUCGGCGGCACGUACCUGUCGCCCGUGGUCGUGGAGCGCGAGGUGGCCAUCCUGGGCAUCGGGCGCAUGCGCACCGUGCCGGCCUUCUCGUCGGCGCUGGGCGACGAGGACAGGGUCGUGCGGCGCCAGGUCUGCAACUUCAGCUGGAGCGCCGACCACCGCGUGGUCGACGGCGCGACCAUGGCGAGAGCGGCCGACGUGGUGCGCAGCAUCGUCGAAGAGCCCGACGUCAUGGUUAUGCACUUGCGCUAGAACGGGGUUGCGUUCCCGCUUUUGCUUCCGUUCCGUCAUUUUACAUAUCGCCUCGGGGCCAAACAAUAAACCUACCUUAGGUAUUUAGAGAGAGGAGAGGAAAUCUAAAUGACUUGAGAUGGCCAUCAAUUGCCGAGCCUCCUAGGGAUGGGAUGG